AUGAACAAGCCGUACGAACAAGCCAUGGAGUCGUUCCUGUCGAGGCCAAAGAGAAAACAUGAACCGGAAGCGGAUUCAUGCCGUGAUGAUGAAGAGGGUGACGAACCCACCGAAGUCAAGCUCGCUCUCUUAUCGUCACUGCACCCCGUCGUUGGGCAAGACACCCUCCUGGACGUGUUGCUGGCCCAUGACGGAUCGGUUCGACUAGCUUCGGCUGCGCUUCAGACUCGGCCAGAGAGCAGGAAGAGGGAUGGCAUUGUUGGCCAUCAAACAUCACUGAAACAAUACGCGCUUCCCAGCGAUGCGGCCUCGCCAGCAACGAAGAAACCGAAAGUGAAAAAGGGCAGGACCCUUCACCUGUACGACCCCGAAGACAUAGCGGAGCAUACGCCUUGCACGAUUGUGCACAAUUUCCUGCCUGCCGAGGAUGCGGAUAGGUUAUUGAGAGAGCUUCUAGAAGAGGCAAAGACAUUUGAGAAGAUCACCUUCAAGUUGUUCGACAAUGUCGUGUCCAGCCCACAUACGUCGAGCUUCUUCGUCGAGAGCGGCGAUGCGAUGCAGCAGCAAAAAGCCGACUACUACUAUAACGGCUCCAAACUGACGGCAAGCUUCCGCGACAUUCGACGAAUCACGCCCGAAUUGCAGAGAGUCAAGCCGAUUGUGCAGGAGGCGGUCAACAACGAGGUAGCGGAGAGAAUCAAGACUCGCUACCCCGGCGGCAAAAAGCUCAAGUACCAGUCCCCUCACGUCUGGGUUCCCAACUCGGCCUUUGUAAACUGCUACGGCGGCGGGCAGGAAAGCGUCGGAUGGCACAGUGAUCAGCUCACAUACCUCGGCCCUCGCGCCAUCAUCGGGUCCAUCUCGCUAGGCGUGGCCCGCGAGUUUCGCGUGCGUCGCGUCCUCCCAAAAGACAAGGAAAAGAGUACAGAGGGUGACGGCUCCGGCUCCGGCGGCAGCAACACGGCGGCCGACGCGGAUGCCGAGGGCCAGAUCUCGAUCCACCUGCCGCACAACUCGUUGCUGGUGAUGCACGCCGAGAUGCAGGAGGAGUGGAAGCACUGCAUCGCACCGGCAGCGUCCAUAGACCCACACCCGAUCGCGGGCAACAAACGCAUCAACAUCACGUACCGCGACUACCGGCGGAAUAUGCACCCUCGACGGACGCCGCGAUGUGGAUGUCGCGUUCCUUGCGUGCUGCGCGUUGUGCAGCGAACGAAGGAAAACUUUGGAAAGUAUUUUUGGAUGUGCCACGCCAGCAACGUACCAGGCAAGGCUGGAUGCUCAUUUUUCCAAUGGGCCAAUUUCACCGAUGACGGGGAUCCGAUUCUGACAGCUGGGAGCGAGCAAGUCGGCCCUAUGCGCAGUUGGACAGAGCCAUCGAAACGCUCGAGUCUGCAUCGAACCGAUUCCAGUCCCACGGUGCCAUCGCAGGCGACGAGGGAACAGAUCAACAUGGCGGAGAAGCUUUCAUUCCCCGCCGCCUCGGCCGCAGUCCUCGAGCCUCAUCUGCCCCCUCGGAGGAAGGAGUCCGCGGUAACGAUGAAUGGCCUGCCCUUUGUGACGCUGACGUUUGCGACAUCUCUCGACUCGACGCUGUCACUCGCGCCCGGCCUCCGCACCCGUCUAUCGGGCGCCGAGUCCAAGGCCAUGACACACUACUUGCGGUCCCGUCACGACGCCAUCCUCGUCGGCGUCUCGACGGUCCUCGCCGACGACCCAGGACUGAACUGCCGCAUCGCCGGCGCCGCGACCCAACCGCGUCCCAUCGUCCUGGACCCACACCUUCGUUGGACACCGCACCGCGACCACAAGAUCUUGGAGGUGUCUCGCCGCGAUGCCGGUCUGGCCCCCUUUGUUCUCACCGGCGUCGCAGCGUCGGCAAUCCCAGAGGAGAGCGCUGCGCUGUUGCGGGAGCAUGGGGGCAAGUAUAUUCACCUGACGCCAAGUCGUCGUGACCAUGAUCGAACGCGCUUUGACUGGCGACACAUCUUGGUGGCGCUGCGAGACGAGGGUUUAUCGAGCGUCAUGGUCGAGGGCGGCGGCACCGUCAUCAACACCUUGCUCGCCCCAGUACACCAUGAGUUGGUCGACUCGGUUAUUGUCACGGUGGCACCCACCUGGCUGGGUCAGGGCGGCGUCGUCGUCUCGCCCGAAAGAGUCACCGAUCAAGCCGGGAGCCCUGUGCCGGCUGCGAGGCUCUCCGGCGUUUCAUGGCAUCCGUUUGGCGAGGACAUGGUGCUGUGCGGGAGCCUGCGCGCCUGA